AUGGCUCGCUUCUCGUUCCUCUCCCUAGCCCUUCUCUCCGUUCAGGCCUUGAUCGGUGGCACUCUGGCAGCUGAUGCCGCGGAGAAGGUCGAAGAAGCUUUUGAGGCCCCAAGCCUGGCUGUAGCUGCGCAGGCUGCCUUCCCUGCCUCUGAGAUCUUCGGCGUGAAGCUCGUCAAUGGCCACCCUACUCAGGCCUUGGUGACUUUUACCAACAAUGAAGCCUCUCCUGUGACCGUCAACUUUAUUGGUGGCACUCUGUCUACUCUGGAUGAGGAAAGCAAGCUUGUUCGCAACUUGACUGCAACUCGCUACAGCGUGGAAAUCCCUGCUGGUGAGAAGGAAAGUCUGAGCUACAGCUUUGCCACCGAGAUGCACCCCCAGGACCUUAGACUAUCUCUCGCUUCGGUUAUCUCUGAUAAUGAGGGUCGCUUCUUCACCGUGUACGCCUACAACGGUACCGUUAGCGUGGUUGAGCCGGAAACAAGCAUCUUUGACCCUCAAAUUAUCUUCCUUUACUUCUUCCUUCUUACUUGCUUCGGUGGUGUUGUUUACUUCUUCUACACCGUCUGGGUCGCACCUUACUUCCCCCAGAAGCGCAAGACUGCCAAGGCUGUUGAGGCCUCAAAGAAGACCUCCGGCGCAGCCAAGAAGGCUGAAGUCCCUGUUGAGAGUCCCGCUGUUUCCUCCGCCACGACCUACAACGCCGACUGGAUCCCAGCCCACCACAUUAACCGCCCUGAGGCUAGGAAGGUCAAGGGCACCACCCGAUCCAAGAGCCGUGCCUAG